AUGCCACCACCCAAGACAAAGGUCGCCUGCAAGUCGUGUCACUCGCGCCGAGUACGCUGUGAUCGAACGCAGGAGACGCCCUGCUCUCGCUGUCGCUCCACUGGACAGGAGUGCGAGCCGAUUGUGUCGAAACGCGGAAAACAUAAGCGCGAACUCUUGAGGCGCUCCGGGUUCAGGCAUUCAUUUGGCCCGGUGCCUGGUGCUUCAGAGUCAGGCACAGAUGUGACUUCCUUGUCGACUCCAGCGACGUUUGCGAGCGAGAGGAGUGCGCGAGAAUCUAUCGCCACGUAUACCUCACGCGCCAAUACCACUGAAUAUAAGAGCGGUCGCACCAUCUACUAUGGCGACUACUUCAACCUCGAGUACACACGCAGGGAGCUCGAUGAGAGCCACGAAGACUAUAACCCUCGCAUGAGCAACACCCGCCUUGCACACGUUGACCGGCUGGGAUCGCCUACGAGGCGGUUUGUUGACGACUAUUUCUGCAGGGAGCGUGCGCGUCUAGAUGAACUAGGCGCAUUUGACACGCUUAACAGGAAUACUAGGGAUAAACUCCUCUGUACUUUUUUUGAGAUGAUAAAUCCGGUGGUCCCCAUUAUUGACCGUAAGGACUUCCUCAGCAAACUAGAAACAGGCCAUGUUUCACAGCUCCUGCUGCAAGCCAUGUAUAUGGUCUCAUUCUUACACAGCGAUCCGUCAAUUAUAGCGGACGCCGGGUUCGGUAACAGGUAUAUGGCUGCAUUUACAUGCUACCACCGGGCAAAGGCGCUUUACGAUGCAGGAUAUGAGACAGAUGCCGUUGCGGUGAUCCAGGCGCUUCUAUGUCUGUCCUUUUGGUGGGAGACUCCAACGCAACAAAAGGACAUGUGGUAUUGGACCGGGAUAAGUGUGAACCUUGCGCAGUCUUUAGGAAUGCAUCAAGAGUAUACAUACUUGUCCUUGGACCAGAGGAAGAGCAAACUAUGGAGGCGGCUGUGGUGGACUAUAUAUGGUCAUGACAUCUCCACUGCAGUGCAGCUAGGACGUAUCCCACAUGUGAACGACGCGUAUUGCACGACAAGAUUAGUGACAGAACAGGAUUUUGAUGAUGAUGAUGAUAAUGAUGACCCUCCUGAUAGGUUCGGUGGAAACGCGACAAAAGAGACUCGGCUGGAAUCCGUCUAUCUGGCGGACCUUUGUCUACGGGUGAGCGGCUGUUAUCGAUCGCUAUAUACCGGGAACUCAGACCCAUCAACAGCGUUAGGGAACAUGAAAGCUUUAGCGGAGUGGAAGACCUCGUUGCCAUUAGAGCUGCAGUGUCGAACAACCCUUACACUACAUAAUGGACUAUUCGCCGCAUUGCUCAACCUGACGUAUUUUUGCUUUGAGAUUAUCCUGCGCCGCAAUCAUUUUCGGAACCCCGAGAUGAUGACACCGGGGACUCCCGUAUUCGAGGCAGCGGUCGAGAUUGUCAGGGUACUGGAAAAUAUUCUAACAGCAGAGCUCAUAACCGCUUGCCCUUUACGACUGCUACCGCCAACAUUUGCAGCAUUGUCUGUACUCAUUUUGAAUAUGCGUCUCCCUGCGCGCGAGGUAAAUGAAGUUUCAAAGCAUCGAGCACGACUAUGCAUGCUGGUCCUAAGUAAGCUGGUCGACCACUGGCCACCUGGACUUUUAUAUUAUCGGCUAUUUGCACGAAUCCUCGCCGCUCGGGGCUGUGAAGUUCCGGAUGAACCUCCGCCACCAGCCGGCAUCAAUGAGCAACCGACCGAGUUUUGUCCUCCAGUGGUGGAAGGGCACUACAGCUUCCCAACGACGAGCGACUUUCUGAUAAGCAACACUAUGGCUGGCGAAGCCGAACUAAUCGGAGUGAACUCGCUCUUCCCGUUUUCAGCCUUUCUUAAUGAGGAGUUUAUCGAGAACGAUCUAAAUCCAAUGCGCUCUGCCAACAAUGACUCUCUCCAGCCAUGA